AUGAGUCGCUACCAGCUGAGCUUGGAACAGCAGCUCAUGCUGCAGGAAAAGAAGGGGCAACAUAGAAGAACCGUUGAUCAUGGAAAUAAUAUGGGAAGAUGGUAUUUGAACAGAAGUAUAGGUGACACCACCCAACACAUCGGAGCCAUUCGACCAGAAUCAUCAUAUUUAAUCGAUUUGCUUCCGUCAUUGGCAUAUUCACGUGGAAAUUUGCCAUCGAAUCCAGGUGUAUUGGAUACACAGUCAAAAUUCGUGCACUUGUCGCUGAACAAAGCCAGGCACUCGAUAAACACUGUGAAAUGGACCCCCGAGGGCCGUAGGUUGGUGGUGGCAUCCCAUAGCGGAGAAUUUACCAUCUGGAACGGUAUGACGUUCAAUUUCGAAACUAUUAUGCAAGCACACGAUCUGGCGGUUUUAGCCUUGAAGUAUUCUCAUAACGACGAAUGGCUUCUAAGUGGAGAUCAAGAAGGUACUAUCAAGUACUGGCAACCCAAUUUCAAUAAUGUCAACAUUAUUCAGGGUCACACAGAUGCCAUUCGAGAUAUUGCAUUCUCUCCCAACGACUCUAAGUUUCUCACUUGUUCCGAUGAUUCGUCGAUGAAGAUAUGGAACUUUAAUAACGGAAAGGAGGAAAGAACGUUGGCGGGCCACCAUUGGGACGUUAAAUGUGCCGACUGGCAUCCCAACUUGGGACUCAUAGUUUCAGGAUCCAAAGACAACCUCAUAAAGUUGUGGGAUCCUCGUACAGCCACUGCAAUCACCACUCUUCAUGGAUUCAAACAUACUGUUACCAAAACCAAGUUCCAAAAGGCAGGAACAAACAGGUUAUUAGCUUCUGUGUCUCGAGACCGCUCGUGUCGAGUAUUUGAUUUGCGUACCAUGUCUGACUUCUUGGUGAUUAGAGACCAUGAAGCCGAUCUCUCGUGUGUGGAAUGGCAUCCUGUUCAUUCAUCCAUGUUGACCACCGCUGCAUAUGACGGUGCCAUGCAUCAUUACGUGCUUGAUAGAUACAUUUCUGGAGACACAGACGAAAGCUCGCCGAACUCGCAGAUCGAGGCUGUUCACAAGAUCCCUUAUGCCCAUGAGAAGGCCAUUCACGCAUUAGAAUACCAUCCCUUGGGACACCUUCUUUGCUCUGCGGGCAAUGACCGUUCUGCCAGAUUCUGGUCUCGUGCUAGACCUAAUGAUCCUAUGUCCUUCAAAGACCCAUUGUACACCAAUGAUAAGAAUGGUGCAUGGUACUAUGGAGUGAACAACAAUGUGAAUGCAGUGUUGGAAGAUCCAUCCAACACAACCACCGGAGAAGCUACUAAUGAAUCUGCUCCCGCUAUGAGCGUACCCGGGCUUAGCACCUUGAAUGAUCGUAGAGGAGGCAAUGUAAUUCCUGGGCUCGGAUAA